CUCCCGGACCCCCGGCCCAGGAUGACCGCGGCUGAUGCCAAGGAAUAUCUGUCCCGUCGGGAGAUUCCGCAGCUCUUCGAGAGCAUGCUGACAGGCCUGAUGUAUCACCGCCCGGAGGACCCCGUGGGAUACUUGGAGAGCUGCCUGCAGAGGGUGCGGGAGCUGGGCGGCCCCGAGAAGGUGCAGUGGGACACAUUCCUUACCCAGGAGCGCAGGACCCUGCCGCCCAUUAUUGGAGGCCAGGGGAAGAAAUCACUCUUCUGGACAGAGACCUCCGCCAGCCCCUACCGGCACUAUGAGUGCCUGCCUCCCAUCCAGAGCCAGUUCUCCAUCGAGAGUGACUCCGACAUGACCGAGUCCACCGGCCUCAUCCAAGAAUAUGACAUCUUCGACCCUGGCCAGCCUCGACCCAAGAUCGUCUUUGUGAUCGGUGGGCCAGGCAGCGGGAAGGGCACGCAGAGCGGCAAGAUGGCCACACGCUUUGGCUUCAUCUGCGUGUCAGUGGGGGAGAUCCUCCGGAAACAGAUGCUCCAUCAUGCCCCCAGCGAUCGCAAGUGGGAGCUCAUAGCCCACAUCAUCACCAACGGCGAGCUGGCCCCCUCGGAAACCACCAUUGAGGAGCUGAAGCAACAGUUCAUUCAGCAUCAGGAUGCCCGGGGCUUCGUGGUAGACGGGUUCCCCCGGGAGAUCGGCCAAGCCUUGACCUUCGAGGAGCAGAUCGGCUCCCCAGACCUGGUGGUCUUUCUGUCCUGCUCCAGCCAGCGUUUCCGACAGCGGCUGGAGAAGAGAGCCGCCCAGCAAGGCCGCCCAGAUGACAACUCUCGCGCCAUUCAGCGGCGAGUGGAAACCUUUAAGCAGAACAUCAGCCUCAUCACCAAGUACUAUCAGGAGAAGGGGACCAUUGAGCGGUUUGAUGCAGACAGGGAGGAAGAGGACAUAUUCCGGGACAUCAGCUCGGUGGUGGAGGAGCGGCUGUACCCCAGACAACUGGACCCCGCAGGGUAUUCCCACACAGCUGCUUUAGAAGCUGAACAGGAAGAGGAGGAAGAAGAGGAAGAGGAGGACGGGCAGAGUGAAGGAUUCCGCUGGCCCGAUCUCAGCAGGAUGGCAGAAAAACUGAAGAAAAGCAAGAUCAUCUUCGUGGUGGGUGGGCCCGGCUCGGGCAAAGGGACACAAUGUGAGAAGAUCGUGGAGAAGUACGGCUACACCCACCUGUCCACCGGAGACCUCCUGAGGGACGAGGUCAACUCAGGCUCGGAGAGGGGCAAGAAACUGUCGGCCAUCAUGGAGAAAGGAGAGCUGGUGCCCCUGGACACAGUGCUAGACAUGCUGCGUGAUGCCAUGGUCGCCAAAGCAGACAUCUCCCAGGGCUUCCUGAUUGACGGCUAUCCCCGAGAAGUCAAGCAAGGAGAAGAAUUUGAACGGAGGAUCGGCGCCCCUUGCCUGUUGCUCUACGUGGACGCUGGCUCGGAGACCAUGGUGAAGCGGCUGCUGAAGCGAGGGGAGACGAGCGGGCGGGUGGAUGACAACGAGGAGACAAUUAAGAAGCGCCUGGAAACCUACUACAAGGCCACUGAGCCCGUCAUCAGCUUCUACCAGAACCGGGGCAUCGUGCGUAAGCUUAAUGCCGAAGGCUCAGUGGAUGACGUGUUUGCUCAGGUCUGUACCGUUUUGGAUUCCCUGAAGUAAAGUGGAAAAAGGACUCCUCCACACUGCUCCUUUCCUCCCUCAAAUCCAGAAAAGAUCAUCUGAUCGGCUCCCACCCCAUCUCUGCUCAAAUGUGGGGAUACCACCUCAACCCCAGGAUGGUGUUUCCAAAGCAUCUGGGUCCCCUCCCACUCCCACCCCCUCCUCUUCCCCUGCCGAUUCCCCUCCCCGCCUCCCUCCCCAUCCCCGAGCUCUGCGGCACAGACAGAGGAAGCGGCUUUAUCCUGUUUUCAUGGACAGAACUGCACUAAGGAAUUUCCAAGGACAUUUUGUUUUGCUCCUUUUCUCCUGUUCAAAGUAAAGCUCGUUCUAACGAUG